AAAGUGCUCCGAGGGGGAGGGGUGUCCCGUCGGCAGGCCCACAGAUAGCAGGCAGCAGCUGCGGCGAGAGGACCGUUGCUCUCCAUUAAAGGCAUAUAUAGUCAUAUAUUUGAGCUCGACGUCCGGUACGCAUAACGAUAACACGCUCGAUAUCCAACAUGGUGGACCGUGAACAACUGGUGCAGAAGGCCAGGCUGGCCGAGCAGGCUGAGCGGUACGACGAUAUGGCAGCAGCCAUGAAGUCGGUCACAGAGCUGAAUGAAGCACUGUCCAAUGAAGAGAGGAACCUGCUCUCUGUCGCCUACAAGAACGUGGUGGGGGCGAGGCGUUCAUCCUGGCGCGUCAUCUCAAGCAUCGAGCAGAAGACGUCGGCUGACGGUAAUGAGAAAAAGAUCGAGAUGGUGCGCGCCUACCGGGAAAAGAUCGAGAAGGAGCUGGAGGCCGUCUGCCAGGAUGUGCUCAACCUCCUUGACAACUUCCUGAUCAAGAACUGCAACGAGACGCAGCACGAGAGCAAAGUCUUCUACCUGAAGAUGAAGGGCGACUACUACCGCUACCUGGCCGAGGUGGCCACCGGCGAGAAGCGAUCCUCCGUGGUGGAGUCCUCCGAGAAAUCCUACAGCGAGGCGCACGAGAUCAGCAAGGAGCACAUGCAGCCCACCCACCCCAUCCGCCUGGGGUUGGCUCUCAACUACUCCGUCUUCUACUACGAGAUCCAGAACGCCCCGGAGCAGGCGUGCCACCUGGCCAAGACCGCCUUCGAUGAUGCCAUCGCCGAGCUGGACACCCUCAACGAGGACUCCUACAAAGACUCCACCCUCAUCAUGCAGCUGCUGCGAGACAACUUGACGCUGUGGACGAGCGACCAGCAGGACGACGAGGGAGGCGAGGGCAACAACUAAAAAAAACAAAACAAAACAAAACACACACAAAAAAAAGUCUGCAACCGCAUUCUGCCAAAACACCACAAACCGUCGCGCUCACAAAUGACUAAAUAAAAUCAUAGUGAAAACGUUAGAAAUUAAGCUAAAUGGUGGGUGGGGGUGGGGAGGGACGUGGUAGGAGGUGGAACAUCAGCAGCCGAUUUACCAAGAGGUACCAACACGGCUGCUGUUCUUUAUUUUUCCACGCAUUCAAGGUGAAAUCCGUAGGAGAAAAGAUAACCUAAGUAGGAGGUGUUAACUCAAGUUAUUUCAAAAACAAAUACAAGAAGGAAUCCCCCUUCCUGCUAGCCUCUGCAGCAUUUGCUAGAAUAGCGCUUAGAAGCGAGGGGGUGUGCCGUGGGAGCCACCCAACGUAAAGAUGCGUCCCACCGGCACAGACUGGCAUGGUCGUGCAAAUGAGGCGGAGGCGUCUUAUUGGAAUCAGCCAGGGGGGAGAAGCGUCCACAAAUUGAGUUUGAUGUUUGAGCAACAGGAAAAUUCGAGUAACCUUGAACGUCACGAACGGCCUUGCUUAGUGAGGGGGGGCAAGCAUCCAGAUGACGGGGGUGUCUACCUACAUGCGUGUUGACGUGGCAUCUUUAGUUGCAGCACACUAUGGUCGUGGAGCGCUAAGCAGGUUGUCUCUGUUGUUGAGAAUAACAUGAAAAAAGUGUUUUUUUCUUCUUUGUUUGCUUUGUGUCAGGUGUGUGUCCAGCUAAGUCACACGGUCAUACUGUAACUAAAAAUAGAGCUUCAUGAAGUAAACUUAGUGCAGCUUGUCCCUAUCAUGUGCUGAUGUGCUUUACUGAAUAAAUUAACUGUUUUUGGACACCUAAUCCUUAGUGUCAGUAUUGUCGUCACUAUAACAACCUCCGUUCCCUCCCGAUGUGCGGAGGGAACCAUGCACAGAAGUCACAUAGCAAAAUGAGGUUUUGUCACUGCGAACGGUUCCGACUCUUACUCUCCAACCGUGCCUGCUUCAUAACGAGGUGAAAUGGCGCACGGAACCGCAGACGUGAAGUAUUCACCACGGGCAGCAUUGGCGUGAUGUUUCGAGAAGGUUGGAAACGCUGAUUUGGGCUUUGUGGACUUUAUCUGCAGUUUCUUUUGGGUCAGGAAGAGAUGCACUUGCCUAUGCCAGUAUGUGUUUUCUUGAGUGUAAGAUGAGAAGUGCUCCAGUCUUCUCCAUAGUACAGUAUCGUGCAUGCUGUGAUGUAUUUAUAGAGUAGCUGCCAUUGAUUAACUUAUGCUGUAGAUGUUAUGUAUUCUUAGGAUCUUGGUAAAUACUCGAUCUCACAUCACAUUAUUUUCUAUUUAUUUCUUUUUAUUGCAAGUGUUAGCUAGACCUUAUUUUCAUGUGUUUUCUUUAUUCCAUUUGCUGAAGUACACUAUACCAAAAGGGUUAUUGUUACCAAUAAAUUGAUCUGAUACAGACACGA